CCUCUACUACCGGCGAGAAUGAAGACCAUUCUCAGUAACCAGACUGUGGAUAUCCCCGACGGUGUCGAGGUGAGGUUGAAGGGGCGGACUGUGAUCGUCAAGGGUCCCCGGGGGGUUCUCCGUAGGGAGUUCAACCACAUCAACCUGGAACUCAGCCUGCUGGGCAAGACCCACAAAAAGCUGCGUGUGGAUAAAUGGUGGGGCAACAGGAAGGAGCUGGCUACGGUCAGAACCAUCUGCAGUCACGUCCAGAACAUGAUUAAGGGAGUCACCAUGGGUUUCCGUUACAAGAUGCGCUCGGUGUAUGCCCAUUUCCCCAUCAACGUUGUGAUGCAAGAGAGUGGCGCUCUGGUGGAGAUCAGGAACUUUCUGGGGGAGAAGUACAUUCGCCGCGUCCGCAUGAGACAGGGUGUGUCCUGCGCCGUGUCUGCAGCCCAGAAGGACGAGUUGAUUCUGGAGGGGAACGAUAUUGAGCUGGUGUCUAACUCUGCCGCUCUCAUCCAGCAAGCCACCACAGUCAAAAACAAGGAUAUCAGAAAGUUCUUGGACGGUAUCUAUGUGUCUGAGAAGGGCACGGUCGUCCAGAAGGAGGAUUAGAGCCGCUCUGAUCCAACAAGCCACCACGGUCAAGAAGAAGGACAUCAGGAAGUUCCUGGAUGGGAUCUACGUCAGUGAGAAGACCACUGUGGUGGAACAGACGGACGAAUAACUGAGGCAGAUCAUCUACAUCUCUGGAACUCACUAUUGACCAAUAAAAAUCCCUCCCCUUUUUCAAUGACACCCACA